AUGCUCAAGUUGUGUGUCGUCAACUUGGUUAUCAGAAAGCCUUUGCGGCCCUUGAGGGAGAUCUUGUUCCUUCUGGUUCAGGGCAGAUAUGGUACAUCAAUCCAGUUAAAAGGGCCUUCAAGUUCAAAUGGUAUUGGUCGUGUGGAGAUAUUCUAUAGCGGAAAAUGGGGAACAAUCUGUGACGAUGAAUGGGAUAUUAAUGAUGCUCAAGUUGUGUGUCGUCAACUUGGUUAUCAGAAAGCCUUUGCGGCCCUUCCGGGAAAUCUUGUUCCUUCUGGUUCAGGGCAGAUAUGGUUAGACAAUGUUCGUUGUUCUGGGAAUGAGCAAAAUCUAGCCAAUUGUUCCCAUAGAGGCUGGGGAGUCCAUGACUGUCGUCAUUCUGAAGAUGCUGGAGUGAAAUGCAUUGAUGUAUCAAUCCAAUUAAAAGGGCCUUCAAGUUCAAAUGGUGUUGGUCGUGUGGAGGUAUUCUAUAACGGAAAAUGGGGAACAAUCUGUAAUGACCUUUGGGAUAUCAAGGAUGCUCAAGUUGUGUGUCGUCAACUUGGUUAUCAGAAAGCCCUUGCGGCCCUUUCGGGAAAUCGUAUUUCUUCUGGUUCAGGACAGAUAUGGUUAGAAAAUGUUCGUUGUUCUGGGAAUGAGCAAAACCUGGCCAGUUGUUCCCAUAAAGGCUGGGGAGUCCAUGACUGUGAUCAUUCUGAAGAUGCUGGUGUGAAAUGCGUUGUUUCAGUUAAAAGUUGUGCACAUUGGUACAAGUCUGGUAGGAGAUCUGAUGGAAUUUACACAAUCAAUCCGGAUGGUAAUGGUUCUUUUUAUGUCUGGUGUGAUAUGACAACCAAUGGAGGAGGAUGGACGGUGUUUCAAAGAAGACAAGCUGCAAGUGUGGAUUUUUAUCGUGGUUGGUCUGAAUAUAAAACAGGAUUUGGCUCUCUCUCAGGGAAUUUUUGGCUUGUCUGGUGA